CUUCUUACUGAUGAACCUGUGGUGCAUUUUGAACAAGGCAAAUUAAUGCGAGUAAAUUAUAAUCCACGUCUUGUGCAACUUGACCGAGAAGUGCGUCAACUUGCGGUGCUUGGAUAUACCAUUCCUACUCGCAUUAUAGAUGCUGCUACUUUAGCUAGAAAGUUUAUGAGACAAGCAAAGGCCCUGGAACAAGUUGCCAACUUCCACAACACAAUUGGGGAUCGUAUGAUAGCUUCUCAACGACCAAUGAUGUUGGAUGCUGCCCUGGAGUUAGCGAAUUUAGUUCAAGAACAAAAUGGUGUUACUUGGAGCAAUACAGAAGCUGUUGACCACUAUAUUGAAAGGUUGCAAACAGUUGUGGAACGACUAUCUCGAGAAAACAACAAAUUAGCAACAUAUCAUAUUCAAAUUAGGGAGAAAGUCAUUCAACUAAUGAAUACUGACUUAUUACGGCACCAACAACAGUGGAAAGAGGGCUUGAAAUCUAUUCGAGAUAUAAUAGGUCAAGUGGAAUCUCAGUUCAGCAACCUGAAAUCUUGGAAAGUUCACUGGGACCGUCAACUAUACAAGGCACUGGAACAUCAAUAUCAAGUUGGACUUGAAGCCCUCAAUGACCAUUUGCCAGAGAUGAAGGUGGAACUCAUAUACAGGCAACAGAAAUUGCAGUUCAGACCCCCUAUUGAGGAAAUUAGAAUGAAGUACUAUGGUCAACUGAAACGAUUUUUAGCAAUACCUCACAACUUUAAAGGUGUAGGAGAUGGAGCAGAAAAUGCACUUUUUCAUGUUAUUAUUGAAAGGCAAGUUACCCAAGGAAUAGGAAUUGAUAUUUUUCAAAACAAUGAAACAUUAAACAAAAAUGCCCCACGUUUUGCUCAUCUAUUUACACGAGCAGAAGAGGUAUUUGCAAAACUUGAGAAAUUGAAAGAGCACUGGUUGGAUUGGGUGGCUCUUGGUUCUGUGGAUCUUGAUGCCCUUGCUCAAGAGCACCUUCACACUGCAGAAGAUUGGAAUAGGAAUUUUCGUGCAUCUAAAGCAUGGGGGCAAGAAAUUGGCAAAUUGCCUGGCACUGAAGAGAAAGUGGAGUGCUUUGCCGUUAGUUUUUUACCUGUACGAGCAGAAAUAGAGCUGCACAACAGACGAUACUGGGAUACUUUGGUCACCUCAUUACAAUCUUCUAUAGUUCGUGAUGUUACCACAGUGGAAAAAUUUACUGUAGAAGCCACCGAAGCUUUAUCCCAUCAGCCUCAGACCGUGGAAGAAAUAGGAACUGCCAAUCAGAAACAUGCUGAGAUCAUGAAGAAAGCUCCUGAGAUCUUCAGCAUAGUUCAAGAGGCUGAGAAGAAGAAUAAGACUCUGGCUAGCUGGACAAAAGAACGUGUUGAACAAGUAAAUCGCAUGGUAACAAAAUGGGACAAUUUUCAAACUAUGCUAGAUAACCAUCAGUACCUUAUUAGCAAACAGGUGGAGGGCAUUAAAAGUAACCUGACCGUUCAAGUGGAAAACAUGAUGGGCGACUUGGAGAAGUUCCGCCUACGAUGGGAACAAGCUCGUCCACGGGAAGAAAGUUUACAAGAUGGAGAUGCAGAUGCAUUACAACACAGUUUAGAAAUAAUAAGAGAGAAGAGACUUGAAUGGGAAGAUUUAAUGCAGUCUUGUGCUCAGCUUCAGAGAGAUUGUGAUCAUUUUGGGAUGGUCUCACCAGAUUUUAAAAUAAGUGAAGAUAUUGAAGCUGAUCUAAAGAAAAACGAAGAUCUUUGGUCAUUAUUUGAAGAAUUUAAUUCAGGCCUUCAGGCAUUAGCUGAUGAAGAAUGGGUGAUUUUUCGAAGUAAGAGCUAUCGUUUUGAAGAAUUCCUUCUGCAGUGGCAAGAACGAUUAAAAUCUGGAAAAGAAACCACUUCUCUUACCGUAAGAUUACUGCAAGAAGUGGAAAAAUUCAAAGACCUAAAUGCUCGAGCAGCAAGUGAAAUUGUUAUAAGGCAAGCCUUGGGAGAGCUUGAUAUUUGGGAAGUUGAGGCGAAGUUCUCACUGACAGAACAUAAGGAUUCUCAGGGACAGACUGUAAAACUAAUUAAAGACUUCAAAGAUAUUUUGAAUAAGGUAGGUGAUAACCAAUGUCUCCUGCAGAGUAUUAAGAACUCUCCCAAUUAUGAUAGUUUUAGUGACAGAGCUAGUAUUUGGGAGCAACGAUUAGCCGAUCUUGAUGUUUAUCUUCACCAUCUUACUCAAAUACAACGCAAAUGGGUUUAUUUGGAACCUAUUUUUGGUGCUGGAACGUUAUCUCAAGAAAAAGGCAGAUUCCAACGCGUUGAUCACGACUUUCGAAACAUCAUGCAGGAUGUUGCUCGUGACAGUCGUGUUGUCUCCUUGUGCAGAAUAAAUAAUUUACGUCGUAUUUUGGAUACCCUCCUUGAUCAGUUGGCACGUUGUCAGAAGAGUCUGAAUGACUUCCUAGAGGAAAAACGCUCCGCAUUUCCAAGGUUUUAUUUCCUUGGUGACGAUGAUCUUUUGGAAAUACUUGGCCAGUCUACAAAAGAGCGUGUUAUUCAGUCUCAUCUGAAGAAGUUAUUUUCUGGCAUCAAUAGUGUGCAAUUUGACACUGAAGUGCAAAAUAUAAUUGCUAUGAAAUCUCUUGAAGGGGAAACCGUGGCAUUGAAACAGAGCGUGAAAUUAACGCAACAGGUGGAGGAAUGGCUAGCUAAUUUGGCAAAGGAAAUGCAAAUGACUCUUAAGAAGUUAUUACUUGAAUGUUUAGAAGAUUCUCGCUCUGGUAGUGGAGGAGCUGACCCACUCAAGUUUCCAUCUCAAAUUCUCUGCUUGGCGGAAAGUGUAACAUUUACUGAACGAUGUGAACAAGCUAUUAAUGGAGGGGAUUUACAGUCUCUACUAUCUUCUCUCAAGGAACAGUUAGAAUCAUACACUCGAUUGUCACUCGAAUGGGCAAGCGGGAAAAAGAGUGAAGUUACAGAAGAUUCUGUACUGGAGUUAAAGUUAAAAGCGCUGCUUUUGGAUACAAUUCAUCAUAUUUCUGUAGUAGAGCACCUCAUUGGCCAGGAGGUGAACUCUAUUGAUGACUGGUCAUGGCAACGCCAAUUAAGGUUUUAUGUUGGAAAAGAUGGAGGACUUCUAGUGCGAAUGGUGGACGCUCAGUUCCAAUAUACUUACGAAUAUCAAGGCAAUGCUCCUAAGCUUGUGCACACUCCUCUUACGGAUAAAUGUUAUCUUACACUGACACAGGGUAUGCAUAUGGGCCUUGGUGGCAAUCCUUAUGGCCCUGCAGGUACUGGAAAGACAGAAUCGGUGAAAGCAUUGGGUGGUCUACUUGGAAGACAAGUACUUGUUUUCAAUUGUGAUGAGGGGAUUGAUGUGAAGUCAAUGGCUCGUAUUUUUGUUGGAUUAGUUAAAUGUGGUGCCUGGGGAUGCUUUGAUGAAUUUAAUAGACUUGAAGAAGCUACCUUGUCUGCUAUUUCAAUGCAAAUUCAGCCAAUCCAGUUGGCACUGAAAACAGGUGCAAAGUCUGUUAAGCUGAUGGAAGAAGAGGUACCUUUGGAUUCCAACUCUGGAAUUUUCGUUACGUUGAAUCCAGCAGGAAAAGGAUACGGAGGGCGCCAGAAACUGCCUGAUAACCUGAAGCAACUGUUCCGACCUGUGGCAAUGUCACGGCCCGACAACGAGCUCAUUGCUGAAGUCAUACUUUAUUGUGAGGGGUUUAAAGAAGCAAAAUUAAUUGGCCAGAAGUUGGUGGAGUUGUUUGAUCUUUCUAAGAAACUCCUGACUCCACAACAACACUACGACUGGGGGCUUCGCGCAUUGAAGACUGUAUUGGGCGGCUGUGGAGCGGCCCUCAAAAUGGCUGGACGCGCGAACCUCGACUCCAAAGAGGCCGAAGAGGAAGUGGUGGUGCGUGCGUUGAGGCUCAACACUUUGUCCAAGUUGACCUUUGCAGACGGCACUCGCUUCGACGCGCUUGUGCGUGACGUCUUUCCCGGCGUGCCGUUCUCCACCGGCGGGCACGACCAGUUGCGCCUGGCGCUGCACGAAGCGUGCCAGGAGCUCUCUCUGUUGCCCAGCGACAAUCAGCUCAGAAAGUGCCUUGAGCUCCACGAGCAAUUGCAACAACGAAUGGGAGUCGUAGUUGUCGGCCCGUCUGGGUCUGGAAAGACUACACUGUGUCAAUUGUUGAAAACAGCAUUGAGCAAAUUGGGACAAGUUGUGCAUCAGCAUACCAUUAAUCCAAAGGCUAUGCCUCGCACUCAAUUGUUGGGACAGAUAGACUUGGACACACGCCAGUGGAGUGACGGGGUUCUUACCAUGAGUGCCCAACAGGUUCACGCAGAACCUCCCGAGGUUCAUUCAUGGAUAGUGUGUGAUGGUGAUGUAGAUCCUGAGUGGAUAGAAUCGUUGAACUCCGUCCUAGACGACAAUCGACUUCUGACUUUGCCCUCUGGCUGGCGUAUACAGUUUGGGCCAAACGUCAACUUCUUAUUUGAAACACACGAUCUCAGCUAUGCUUCACCAGCAACUGUGUCUCGUAUGGGCAUUAUUUUCCUCAGUGAUGAAGAUAUUGACGUGAAAAGCCUUGUGACUUCUUGGCUUACUACUCAGUCUGAUGAAACUACCAAAUUCUUAUCACAAUUGAUUGAGGAUUAUUUUUAUAAAGGUGUCAAUUGGAUAAUGCAACAAGGUGAAUUAGUGUUGCCUACUUCAUUAAUCGGAGUGGUGAAAAAUGGUUUAUCGCAACUGCAUGGUGUCACCUGUCGAUCUCACUUUAUAGUGGCGAUGAUCACUGGUUUGGGUGGGAACCUUGUCCCUGCUAGUCAAGAGGCAUUUGCUAAACAGGUAUUUGAGUGGAGUGGUGAAUACGUGCCAGAUCCAAAUCGUAUUCUCUAUACAUACUUUAAUCAGCAACGUGACAGUUUGGACACAUAUACUGCAGAUAGUUUUGAUACAGUCAGUGAUGCAAUUUCACACGAUUCUUUGCCUCUUGUGAUGACGGCUGAUGUGAAACGAACUUUAGAUGCAAUAGAAAUCUGGUUACAAACUGAAUCACGUCAACAUUUUCUUCUUGUAGGUCCCCCGGGAUGUGGAAAGAGUUUGAUGCUGACUCACUGUUUUGCAAAGAUGAGAGCCACGGAGAUUGCCACAAUACACUGUAGUGCACAGAUUACUCCUCAACAUGUGAUACAGAAACUUGGUCAAGUGUGCAUGGUUAUUUCAAGCAAUACAGGACGUGUGUACAGACCCAAAAAUAGUGAACACUUGAUUCUAUAUUUUAAGGACUUGAAUUUGGCUCGACCUGAUAAAUGGGGAACUUCCAUGUUAGUGGAAUUCCUUCAGCAGAUUGCGUCCUACGGAGGAUUCUAUGAUGCCAACUUGGAAUGGGUUGGCUUGGAACAUGUUCAAAUUGUUGGAAGUUUGGCUGGUGGAAACACUAUGGGUCGCCAUCCUUUAACACCUCGUUUUACAUCUAUAAUGCGCAUAUACACUGUAGGUUAUCCAGAGAAAGAGCAGCUCAAGAUUAUAUACGGUCAUUGCCUUGCUGGGGUUCUGCAAACAUGCCUGCCGCAUCACAGCAUUUGGGGCUCAGCAAGUAAAGUCUCUCUAUUGGCUGGGUCCAUGAUAAAAAUUUAUGAUGAGGUAAAGAAUAUAUUCAGUCAAGUGGUGCAGAAUCAUUACCUUUUCACUCCUCGUGUUUUGACUGCGUGGUGCCUUGCUCUCCAGCGUUACGAAAUUCCCACUCACGAGAAAAGUGCAGACGCUCUGUUGGAGGUGGUUGUAUAUGAAGCUCAGCGCCUUUUUAGAGAUAAAUUAGUAUCUGAUGAACAUAGAGGUCAAUUUGACACAAUUGUAAAUCAAGUAAUGGAUCAAGAUUGGAGUAAAGAUGGGGUAGUGGGUAAAGCAAUGUCUGCUUACUACGUGACUGCUGGAGCAAAUACUCAGAUUCCAGCUGGUGCACCUUUGCCGCCAGUGGGAAAACCUUUGGGACGUAUGAAAACUGAAGACUGGACGCAUAUAGUGGAACGUGGCAUUCAAGUAUUUGGACGAGAAGGGCAAACCUUGGACUUGCUGAUCUUGCCAGAAGUUUUGGAUUUGGUGGCCCGAGUGGAGCGCGUUCUCUCAGCGCCUUGUGGAUCUCUUCUUCUCGCUGGGAGGGCUGGAGUGGGGCGGAAAUCGGCCGUUCGCAUUGCCUCUGCACUGUUGGGAGCUGAUCUAGUUACUCUCAAAAUGGGACGAGGUUAUAGUCUGAAACAUUUUAAGAAUGACCUGAAAAAUAUGAUGCAACUAGCUGGUGUAGAAGGCCAGCAAUUGUGUUUGCUGUUAGAAGAUCAUCAGAUGGUGGAUAUGACAUUCCUUGACAUGGUCAAUAGUUUACUCUCUUCUGGAGAGGUUCCUGGCUUGUAUAAUCUUGAGGAGUUAGAAUCCACAGUUUCUCCUUUGAAAGAUCUUGCCGCUCAAGAAGGCUUUGUGGGAAAUCCCGUUUCUUUCUUUGUGAACAGAGUACAUAAAAAUUUACAUGUGGCGCUGAUAAUGGACUACACCAACACUCAAUUCACAGCAACGUGUGAAAGUAACCCAGCACUGUAUCGCCAGUGUUCUGUCUUGUGGCAGGCUGGUUGGAGUGCUGCUACUAUGCAACGAGUCCCACAAAUGCUUCUAGCAAGGGAGGUGGAGGAGGAAGCGGGGGCGGGGGCGGGGUCGGCGUCUGGGCGCGGGCGCGGGCGGCGGCGGCGCUCGUCGGCCAGCGAGGCGCUGGUGCAGGGCUUCCAGGCCAUCCACGCGCAGGCGCCCCGCGCUCUCGGCACCCCGCGCCGCUACGUCGCCUUCAUCCACAUGUACCAGCGCCUCUACCGCGCCAAGAAGGAGCACAUCAUGCAGCGCUGCCAGCGCCUGCAGGCGGGGGUGUCGAAGCUGACGGAGGCGCGCGAGGUGGUGGCGGCGCUGAAGGCGGAGGCGGCGGAGCAGGAGAAGCUGCUGGCGGAGAAGCAGGAGAAGGCGAACGCGGCGCUGCAGAUGAUCACGGACACCAUGCGCGACGCCAACACGCACAAGAUGGAGAUGGAGACGCUCAAGGAGCAGACGGAGCGCGAGAACCAACAGAUCGUGCAGCGGUGA